CCCUAUAUAUUGGGGGGGGGGGGGGCGGUGACCACAAAAAGGAGUUCAGGUUCUACCUGGCAAAUGCUGGGCUGGGCGGAGGGUCUGCUGCAGAGAGCUCUGGGGGCCACCCUGCCUGCCUGCCUGCCUCCUUGCUUGCUUGCUUGGGGCCUCCCUCCAUGUCUACUCCAGUUCAGGCUUCACUGGGGCCUACACGGAGGCCACCCUGCCUGCCUGCCUGCCUCCUUCCUUGCUUGGGGCCUCCCUGCCAGCCUACUCCAGUUCAGGCUUCACUGGGGCCUACACGGAGGCCUCCCUGCAAGCCCCGCCACCCGCCGCUCAGCUGAGAGGCGCCCGGGAGGAAAGCAGCUCUUCCUUGGCAGCUGGUCUGGUGCCUCGACUGCCGGCCGGGAGGACAAGCAGGAGAGAGGCGGGCAAGCAGGUGACUUCCAGCCACAGGAGAUUAACGAAAAGCGCUCCGUGACCGAAACCAGCAAAUGGUCACUGAAGUCAUUCUCGGACGGCUCCAGGAUCCAGCAUGUCAACAGUGGGAACGGGAUCCUGGAUGAAGCGGUUGCCAGCAGUUCCCAGAGGAGUGUCUUCACGGUUGAGGACGAUGGGUGGUUCCUGCAGACCAUUGCCACCGCAUGGUCUUGUGAGGGUGCCGACAUCGAAGAGGCCGAGAUCCCAGAGGUCAACCCAAGGGAUCAGGAGCUGGACGUGGAGAGUUUCAUCAGUUCCCAGAGCGUCCAGAGGCCAAGCACUGUGCAGAGGAGGCUGCACAACACUGCUGCUGAGGAAGAGCCAUCCCUUGGAGAGAGUUCUUCCUUCCCGGGGGCCGAGACUCCGCAAGCCAGCGUGGAGGACGAGGGGUCGGAAGGGGACGGUGACACCAGUUCCCCCAGAGUCCCGAAGCCAAAGAAGUGGCUAAUCAAGAGGCUGCUGAACACUGAAGUGGUGGAAGACUCGUCCUCGGCAGAGUGCUCCUCUACGGACGAGGAUGACACCAUGUAUGAGGUGAGCAGCAUCGAGGACGAGGUGUGGGACUCUCCACCGGCCCCCGGUUCGGCCAGGAACAUCGGCGGCAGCGAAGAAGGAAGAGGACAGCUGGCCCCAGACUGGUUCUCCUCGGUCCAUCUGGGAGAGGGGAGAGCAACAAAGAAGAUCGGGGACGUCAUCCGGUGCGUGGAGUAUGCCAGUGAGGUGGAGGAGAGGUUCCCCGAACUCCUGGUGGGCCUGGUGAACAAGAUCCUCACCGGCCUGCAGAACUCCACCGAGGGAGUGGGGAACCGGGAGAGCCAAGACCUGCCUCCUGAGGAGACCUCGCAGAUUGUCCGGACCCUGCUGGAGAGGGUGGCACAGGUGACCCCAGAGAAGACCUGCUGGGAAUCCCUGUGCUCUCCGCAGAGCUGCCUCCAGGGUGUGGCCCUCUUGGUGAGGGCUCUCCUACAGACACCAUCCUCCACAGUGGCCAGGCUGAAGGCAUACCUGGCUUCCCUCUUCAGCCUGGACAAAGAUCCAGAACAGCAUUCCCUCGCAGAGGUGGCCUUCUUUGUGGAGCUGCUCCUGAAAGACAAAGACUUCGCCGCCUUGGAGAAGACUUGGACGCUCCUGGUAGCGUGGCUAGUCCACCCCAGCCAGAACAUCCGCUACCUGAGCGAAAGGGGACUUCUCCAAAUCUAUGGAAAGCUGAAGGCGGUGAGUGACCCAGACCCAUGA